AUGUUUGCACAGAUGUUAAUUGAACGUAAGGAGGGAAAGAAACGUUAUGAACGUGUCAUCCGGCUUUCAGUAUGUCGAAACUGGACGGAUGACCCUCGGUUCAGUCCGAUGAACUACAAAGACUUGUCUGAUCUUCUACACUUUGUUUGGUUGCUAGAGAACAUGGGUCAGUUGGUGAACGAUCGGUGUUGCAUCCAACUUUGGUUCACAGUGGAGCUGGUAUGA